UUCCGCGCGGGGCGAUGAUGCGGCGGAGUGCCGUGACAGGUAGUGGGAGAGCAGCUGCCUGGAUUGUGGGUGAUGGGGCGGCCAAGACGGUGACCUCCAUGCAAGAUGCUGAGUCGCUUGCAAGAACUUAAGAAGGAGGAAGAGACAUUGCUGAAGAUCAAGGCGGCCCUGCACGACCAGCUCAACAGGUUAAAGGUGGAGGAGCUGGCUCUUCAGUCCAUGAUAAACGCUGGAGAAGAACAGGAGCAGCAGUCACAUGUUGUGCACCCUGAGGUGGAGUCUGUGAACGUGGAUGAUGAAGCUGUAAUAAACCAGACUGAACUGCAGCUGAACACAAUGGAUUAUAGUCAAGAAGAAGAAGAAGAAGAAGAGGAGGAAGAGGAUUCAGAUACUUAGAAGUUGACACCAGUAAUGGACUGUCUGUUCAUAUGAUAAACGACAGCACAUCCUUCAUUUGUCCACGGGGUUAAUGACUGCAGUAUUUUACCUUGCAUGUAUUCUAUUAUAGCUCUUUGUCAGCCAGUAAGAUGUUUUAUGGUACAUAAAGGGGAAGACCACAUUAAAUCCUUUAACAUAUUUCUAGUAAAGGGGUUUAUAGGUCCUAGCACUCACCGAUUCCAAGACUGAUGUUCUGUAUAGAGCACAUGAAAUAAGCUUAGAUCCCUACUAGCAACAUUUCAUGACUAGUAACUAGAUUUGGCAUGAAUUUUCCCUUUCCAAGGGCGCUGUCUGUAAAUGUAGCCAUUAGAGAAGGAUACAUUAGUUAUUGACCAACUAUGAGUUGCUACGAUUGAUGGCAUCUUCAAGGGCACUACAUCUUUACUUAUCGCUUAGAGUAGAUGUCUUUGUGCCCCAAACAAGGUUAGGUGCCAUGACUCCAGGAGCCGGAUAUCUCAGGGGCUGCCAUCUUUACAGCAAACCUAUCAAGGUUUAUAGAACUCUUCUUUAUGUUGAAUAACUUUGUUUGUGUCUAGAUCUCAUUUAAAGCACAAUUUUGUAGCAAAGAACAUGGGACCUCUGCAGCUCUAGAUCCAUAUAAAGUGAAUAAUGUAGCCCAGUAGACGGGUACUAAUCCACAGCAUUAAGACAUAAGCUGUGCCGUGUAAAUAAAUGGGUAUAAAGAUU